UGAUAAUAACAUGGGUGGGCUCGAGAGGGCGGAGGUGGACUGUCAGCAGCAGCAAUGAUUUGGGAAAUAAUAUAGUCACGCAUUAAUGAAGUUAAUUAAUGAUUCAGCUCGCCAGGUUUUGAAAAAUAGAGACAGUGUAAAAGAACCGAAGCUCGACAGGUGACCUUUGGUUUUUUUGUGGCCGGGGAGGAGACGUUAGCUAGAGCCGUUAGCUAGAGCCGUUAGCUCGUUUAGCUUCCAGGAAGACGAACGAGAAGAGCCCGUCUGCGGUCAUGGCUGCCCUCGGUAACUCCGGAGCUAUUUCCAGUCCCAUGGUGGUCUUGGCUCCGAAGACUAAAACGAAAAAGAAACAUUUCGUGCAGCAGAAGGUGAAGGUUUUUCGAGCCAGCGACCCCGUCCUGAGCGUCUUCAUGUGGGGCGUCAAUCACUCGAUCAAUGAUCUUAACCAGGUGCCUGUUCCCGUCAUGUUGCUGCCUGACGACUUUAAAGCAAACACUAAGAUCAAAGUCAACAACCACCUCUUUAACAAAGAAAAUCUCCCAGGACAUUUCAAAUUCAAAGAGUACUGUCCUCAGGUCUUCCGAAAUCUUAGGGAGCGGUUUGGUAUUGAGGAUCUGGAUUAUCAGGUUUCGUUGACACGCAGCCCCCCGGUGAGGAGUGUAGACGAUCAGGGAGAGGGUCUGCUCCUCAACUCCUACGACCGGACGCUGGUCAUCAAGCAGAUCUCCAGCGAGGAUGUGGCAGACAUGCACAACAUCCUGUCUGAGUACCACCAGGUAAGGUCUUGGUCGUUGUUGUUCUACCCAGCAUUUUGUUAACGUGCCUCUCAAUAC